AUGGCGGGGCCCCGCGGGGCGCUCGCGCUGGCUUGCGCGUUCGCGCUCGUCGCGGAUGCCGAGGCCAAGGCCAGGGCGGGUCGCAGGGGCGGUGGAUACAGCAUCGUCAACACCGGGCAGGGCGGCGACCUCGACCUCGCGGCGACCGUCAUCAUCCUCGCCUUCGUCGGUCUCGCCGUCAUCUUCUGCGCCCUCGGCGCGUGGUCGGGCUACGGCGCCAGGCGGCUGACGAGGUACCGCGCGCGGCACGACGCGUCGCGCGCGUUGGAGGAGCUCGACCUCGUGCCGCUCGAGCCCGGCACGAAGGUCACGCUGCGGCACAACGGCGUGGACAUCGACGGAGUCGGCACGGUGCUCCGCUCCUCCGAGCCCCACGGGGACAAGGUGGAGAUCGAGUGGCCCCCGUCGACGCCGUCGCACUUCACGUACAGACCGGACGGGCCGCGAGGCCCGAAGAUGCGGGUGCGACGCGGGGCGUGGUGGCCGAGAGCGUCCGUGGUGCCGUGGCGGGAUCCCCCCGAGGACACCAUCGAGUGCGAGGCCCCAGCCGCCGAUACCCCCGACGCGCCCACCGAUACCCCCAACCUCGCAUCGCUCGCGCCCGGGCCGUGGCUUUGCGAGUGGCGAUCAGACGACGCGGCACCCGAGCCGUGGAACCCGAAAUCGAGGUACAACGCCGCCGCCAAGGUCAAUUCCUUCGGGCUCGUGCUGGAGGUGGACGACGCCGGGGACGGGAACGAGGACGGGCGGACGCGGCUCGUCUCCACAGCUGUGACGGAUAGUAUCGACCCGGGCAUCGAUGACGACGAAGAGCGUUUGUACCUCGAGCGCUUGUACCGAUCGGCGUCCGCGUCCGUGACCGUCUCGUGGACGUCCGGCCGCGUCGUCGCGUCCAUGUCCCCACAAACUAACUCCGACACCAAGACGACCAAGCCGAGCGUGUUCUUCACCGGCCGGGUGCUGACGAAGGCUGUGACCGCGGGUAGCUGGAACGCGAUGAUCGAGUGCGAGGGUGUUUGGCGCAGUGUCGACGGCGUUGGCGGUUGGAUGCGACUGUGCCGGGUGCACGGGCCGUGGCUGGAGACGCGCGCGCUGGACCUGGGGUUCCCGUCACCGAACGCGCGGAGGCGGCUGAAGGCGGCGGUGCACGCGGUCCGCGCGCACGGGUUCUUCGCGGCGGUGGGGGCGGCGGCGUCGAGGGAGCGCGCCAAGAAGGCGGCGGCGGGGCGCGGGGAUGAUGGAAGUUUCGUCGAGGAGGAGGAAGUUUCGAUCUCGGUGGAAGCGUGA